AUGCCAACGUUGACUUCGAUGUUGCCCACUGCCGGCUUGUUCUUACCGGAAACACUGCAUCGGGCUGACCUCCCCACGCAAGCGCCUACGGAGACCGAAGGAACGAGGCUGAAGUACUUCCAACGCAAGAUCGGGCGGCCGAAGCAGGAGCCUAGGAACUCUGAGGACCGGCGGCCGUCAACCGCUAUUCCAAGGGAAACGCCCGAUGACAACUUAUGCGACUUUCCAGCGAUACCGACUACCUACUACUUUGCGGACUAUGUCCUCACCACCGAGAAGGCUUCUGCGGAUACCAUCGCUUUCGUGAGCAUCAUCCAACAAGUGCGACAAGACAUCGAUGAGGCGACGCGCCUUUUCAUCUCAUCUGCGGUUUCGAAUUUCCUGGAUGCUUACCCAAAUAAGCGGAGAUGGAUCGAGACUUCUUUGCUCGAGGUGCGGCGUGCUCUUAACGAAAUCGGCAUGGAUAUGGACAAAGCCUGGGGCCAUGAUGGAGAUGGCGGCACAGCUGCAUCGAAGCUCAAGCUUGAGUGGGGUCUAAGAAACCAGAAAAAACUUCUGAAGAAGAAGCAGCUGUUAGAUCAGUGCCACGCUCAGUUGACCGGUGCUAUCUACGUCAUGCAAACAGCAGAACUCUGUGGAAAGCCUGGUGCUAUCGCGGAAACACCCAUUUUCGAGGCUCCGGUACGACCUUGGGUACCUCAUGAUGAGAAAGACGCGCUACGUGGACCUUAUUCGAGGCAGAAAUACCGGACGAAUCAAGCGAAUGUCUCCGCAUCAAGUGUUACACUGGCGUCUGAAGCUGGAAAAGACGACGUCGAAAACGGUCUACCAAACAUCGCAACCAAGACUACUGCAGCUCAGCCAUCGCCCCGCCAGCUUCCUACAACUAGCGAAGGCCUGCCGCAACCACCACAACAUGAAAAGGGGGAUACGGAUGCGCCGUCGAUGUAUGAGGGCGACUCGAGCCUGCGACGAAAUAGCUUUGCCUCUGUGGAGCGUACAUCGUCGCCUAUGUCUCACUAUGCAACAUCUAUACACACUCUGCGAUCGCCCAGUGCUCUUGUCAACGUUACCACUUUCACCGACGACGAGCCAGUUCGUCGUCCAAGUAGCCAGCGGCCGUCACAGCGCAUGUCAAAAAGGCUGUCUCAAACGUCAAGUAGCAGAUCUUUCAACGCAACACCGUCACCCACAAUCACCACCGUCGCUGAAACUACAACAACACCCGGUACGGAGGAGGAGGCGACUACCCUUCCGGUAACUGCUCCGUCUUAUCCUCCGCCACCGCCGCCCCAGAUCAUCACCCCAGAAAUCUCGCAGCCCAUACUUGCCAGCCCAACGGAGACGCCAGAGGAGCUAGAUGAUGACGACGUCGUGCUCUCCGUUCUUCAGCAACGCCUUGCCAGCCCAACAGAGAUGCCGGUGGAACUAGACGGUGACGACGUCGUGCUCUCAGUCCUUCAGCAGCGACUUCGCAGCCACAAAAUCGUCAAGACGAUGGCGGAAGACUUGGUGCGACAGGCUUCCACUACAGAAGCGGCGCAACCGAUAACCGAUACGCAACAAGCCAUACUUUCACCACCCGUAUUGCACGAGCAACCGAUUCCCACACCGAAACAAGAGUUGCGCGUGGAGGUACCACCCACUACCUCAUCAGUCUCAGUUCAGGUAGAGAUACCUCCUCCCGUUCCGUCUGUUCCAGUACAGGUAGAGAGUCUCCCAGCGCCUUCCAACGAAAGUCAGAACGGAGAUGCUCCGAAGAAGCCCAUGUCAGCGCAGGCUAAGCGAAGAGCUGCACACGCAAGGAGGAUGCAACUAGCUUUUGGUGACGAUACGACGGCUUGA